AGGCUCUGCUCUAGUGCGACUCUGCCUGCGCUCGUGCCCGAGCAGGGCAGCGGCUGCACGGGCACCAUGAGUGAGCCAGACGGGUUGCGGCAGCGUCGGCCCCUGCGGCCUCAGAUUGUUACGGAUGAUGGCCAGGCCCAGGAGGCUAAGGACGGCAGCACCUUUAGUGGGAGAGUCUUCCGGAUAACUUUCUUGAUGUUGGCCGUUUCCCUCACCGUUCCUGUGCUCGGCGUCGUGUUGCUCCUGGAGUCUCCAAUAAACCCACAGCCUUUCAGCUUUCAAGAACCUCCUUUAUUGGUUGGUGUUCUGGAGCCAAAUACAAAGUUACGACAGGCCAAACGAUUAUUUGAAAAUCAACUUAUUGGACCAGAAUCCAUUGCACAUAUAGGGGAUGUCGUGUUUACUGGCACAGCAGAUGGCAAGAUUGUGAAACUUGAAAAUGGUGAGGUAGAGAUAAUCGCUCGAUUUGGCACCGGCCCAUGCAAAUCCCGAGAUGAUGAGCCUGCCUGUGGGAGACCCCUUGGCAUUCGGGCAGGGCCCAACAGGACUCUUUUUGUGGCUGAUGCCUAUAAGGGACUAUUUGAAGUAAAUCCCUGGAAACGUGAAGUGAAAAUACUGCUAUCUUCUGAAACACCUAUUGAAGGAAAGAAAAUGUCCUUUGUUAAUGAUCUUACAAUAACUCAGGAUGGGAGGAAAAUUUACUUUACUGAUUCGAGCAGCAAAUGGCAAAGACGAGACUAUCUACUUUUGGUCAUGGAGGGGACAAGCGAUGGGCGCCUGCUAGAAUAUGACACCGUGACCAAGGAAGUCAAGGUCUUAAUGGACCAGUUGCAAUUCCCUAAUGGAGUCCAGCUUUCUCCGGCAGAGGACUUUGUCUUGGUGGCAGAAACGACCAUGGCAAGGAUCCGAAGAUUCUAUGUUUCUGGUCUGAUGAAGGGAGGGGCAGAUAUGUUUGUGGAAAACAUGCCUGGAUUUCCAGACAACAUCCGGCCCAGCAGCUCCGGAGGAUACUGGGUUGGCAUGGCAACGAUCCGCCCUAACCCUGGAUUUUCCAUGUUGGAUUUCUUAUCUCAGAGACCUUGGAUUAAGAAAGUAAUUUUUAAGCUCUUCAGUCAAGAGAUGGUGAUGAAGUUUGUGCCACGGUACAGCCUCGUCCUAGAACUCAGUGAGAGUGGGACCUUCCGAAGAAGCCUGCAUGACCCUAAUGGCCUAGUGGCCACCUACGUCAGUGAAGCACAUGAACAUGAUGGGCACCUGUACUUGGGAUCCUUCCGGUCCCCUUUCCUCUGUCAGCUCAGCCUUGAGUCUGUGUGAUCUGCUGAGAGCCGCCCUGAGGCUGUGCCGGACAACAUGUCACCCGUCUCACCGGGGCCUCAUACCAGGGCUGUAGUGCUGGGGAGGGGCACUGGGUUUAGGAGGGAUCAUGGACACAGUUCUUAUCCUGUGUGCCCAUUACUUCUCAAGUCUGCAGAGGCGACUGCUGCAUCUCCCAGAAUGCAAACCCCCAAAUGUUGCCUUCACUUGGACUUGACUUGGUAUUUCUCCUCUGUCAUAGGGAAGAUAAAUCCACGCAAAGUCAUUUUCUCUUUAGAUAAUGCUUUCUCAGUCCAUUAAUUCUCGAGGAGUUUGGAACCUUAUACACUUUAAUCAAGGCUCAGGGUUUGGAGCAGUAGAAGAGCUGCCCAUGGGUCUUAUUUGGGCUGCUGGCGUGUCCUGCCAACCUCCAUCUCUUUAAAAUAAGCUUUGCCUUUGUUUAGGGCAGGGGAGCACAGUACCAAAGUACAUAGAGAUUGGUGGCAGGAGCUGUGUAGGUAAGGCAUUUAAAACUAUGAUCUCAAGUGUAAUGUUUGGAAUCGGGCCCUUGGUCCCUGGACCCCCUUUCAUAUGGGAGAGGGUGUCAGUUUCUGCUGUGCAGCGUGGAAGUCCCUUUCAUGUGAAGGAGGGUGCAGAUCUCCCAGAACUUUGCAGGGUUCUGCAGGCAGUGAGCAUGAAAGCAUGUUUAUUUCAAUAGCGCACCAAGGACUUACGGAGUUUUCGUAAACUCACAGUGGCACUGGAACCUAAUGAUCCAGUGAUUCCAUACUACAGGCCUGAAUUUAGGAGAGCCUUGCCCACACACCUUUGUUCUUCGUUCACUCUAGCCCUGCAGACAUGAAGAAGGAACAUUUGAGUUUCAGAGGCCCCAAGUGCUGGAUAUCUUGACAAAUGUGUCUAACACACUGGUCGUAAGUUUAUUAGGGAAGACACAUAAAAUAUGGUCAUAUGAAUUCUUUCCUACUGCUUAUGCUUUUUUCUGGUUAUUGAUAGGGAGUGUCAUAUUUAGUUAAAUAUUCUUAUUUUAGCAGUGACUAGAAAUUUUAUUUCUGUACUGUUAAUAUGAGGGUAGUUUCUGGUUAGAAUUUUGUCUUAGUGAUCUUUCAGUACCAUCCCUGCAUCUCAUGUUGAUCAGACCUCAGCCUUCGGAGGGGUGGUGCUAUGUGAAUACAGUAGAAUGGAUUCAAAGAUGGACUUCAACCUGAUGGAUGGAACCUGUGUUAUAUCAAAUGACCAACUGUUAAUAUUGUAUACAUGACUUUAUAUGAAAGAAAAUUGAGUAGUUAUUAUUGAAUACACUUUAAUGUGGUAUGCCUUAUAAAUUAAAAAGAGAAGACUAAUCAGCCAAUACCCAAUCAUUCAAUCAUAAAAUCAAUUUAAAUGUGUCUCAGCCUGCAAAUCCACAUCUCAGUUCUCCAUCUGAGAACUGAGGAUUUUGCUUUAGUGCUCAUUUUUCACCAGUACAGAGAAGUUAAAAAAUUGGUUUUCACACUUUGCAAUAAAGGAGUCUAAGUUUUGACUUAGUGCUGAUUUUCUGGCUCAAAGUGCCCUUUCUUGCGUUCUAGCUGGUACUCUGACCUGGCAAGGUGCAAAGUCCAGCCUUCUUACUGUUUAGAUGUGUGAUAUGCUUUUUCUGUAAAGAAUAGAAAGGGUUGCUUUAAUGUGAAUUAUUAACAUGCUCUUUAAAUCAA